AUGCCGACAAAUGACAUUUUAGCACAAAUGCCCUUUAUUGAUGGUUUUAGUGAUGGUCCGACCUUAAAUGGUAUGUUGAGGGCAAUGAUGAUAGAAAAUCGCCAAACACCCGGUACUAGUAGUAGUCGUCCAGACAGAACGAGUAAUGCUAGAGGUCCUAGUGAUGCUAGAAGAACUAGUGAUGAUAGAGGGACCAAUGAUGCUAGUGGUCCUAGUGAUGUUAGAGGGACCAAUGAUACUGGAUUUGGCGAUCCAUUUUCUUUUUCGACAAGUUACAGUAAAAUCAAUGAGAAAAUGUUUACAAGAGAAGACAUCGAGGAUCACAGUCAUUAUAUAUCUAUGGGUGGCACACCAGUCAAGGAGUUACAUCUAGGAAAUUUUUUUAGAGACAAAGAGCAUUUAAAGAUAGUUUUGGGCUUGUAUGCAAUGAAGAAAUGGUUCGACUACUUUGUUAGUAAGUCCGGUACUACUGUUUGGUACGUUACAUGUAAGGAUACCGAUUGUGAGAGGAGAUUAAGAGAGAAGAAGAACAUACUUUCUAACAUAUUUGAGGAUAAAUUCGCAACUGACGACUCAGAUCAUUUGACCUAUGAUAUAAGGAAAGAUAUGUACACAGAUUUUGAGAUCCAAAUGAGUUAUGAAAAGGCUUGGAAGUGUCUAGAGAAGGCACUACGCCUAGUUCGGGGUACACUUGAAGAUUCAUACUCAAAAUUAUCUGGUUACUUGCACAUACUAAAGUUAAGAAAUCCAGGUACCAUCACGAAUUUUGUGGUAGAGGAUGGUCGCUUCAAGUAUUGUUUCUUCUUGCUGGGUCCUUAUAGAUGCGGGUUUAGAUUUUUUCGACCUAUUGUAUGUGUUGAUGGGUCUUUCUUGAAGACUAGGUAUGGUGGGCAAAUAUUGUGUGCAGUGGCACUGGAUGCAGUCAACCAUAUUUUUCAAAUAGCUUUCGCUUUAGUUGAUAGCAAAAACCACAACACUUGGACCUAUUUUAUGAUAAAAUUGAAAGAUGCAAUUGAUGAUGUUGAGAACUUAGCCUUCAUGUCAGAUAGGCAUCAAAGCAUUGUUCAUGCUUUAGAGCUCGUGUUCCCUAAUGCACACCAUGAGUUUCACAGAGAAUUUGAGAAGAUUCAGGCGAUGACUGUUGCAGUUGCAUUAUAUCUUGAGGAAAUUGGAUUUGAGAAAUGGGUUUGGUCGAACUUUCUAAGGAUAGGCUACAAUGUAAUGACGAGUAACUGGGCUGUGAGCUUUAACAACACAACUAAGGACGCAAGAGGCUUUUCGAUCAUUGCUUAUGUAGCAUUCUUGAGGUCCAAAGUCUAA